GGGUGACAGCUGGGAUCGCUGUGCACCGCUUCAGUCUGCUAAGAAGCUUCAUCUCCAAAUAGGAUGACCGUCGGCUAUUGUGGACGCGACCGUGCGCAGCUCUAGUUCUGGGACCCUGUGCUCUAGCCCUGGAGAGUUCUCCUCACACGCGGACUAAACACCAUCCCUCCAGCGUGGAUUUCUUGAUGGAUAUUCCGAUUUGAAGAGGUGUGAUUUGAGCGCGGCUUGUAACAAAAAAAAAAGACGCGCAAGAGGAAAAGUAGCGCUCGUUUCGUUGUGGUUGUUCGGACUGCUCCGGCAGUCGUUUAUCAUGGAUUACUAACGGACCCAGAGCAACUCCGAGGUGUGAGCAUCCAUGAGCUAAAGGUUCUGCUCCAUGGUUUCCUCCCAGCAAGACAAACUAGGAAAACCUUCUGAAGGCGACCACUCGAAGGAGAUGACCACACUACCUCAACGGAUGCACCUCAUCCAAGCUUAGCAACAGCCUUGGCAUUCAUGAAACCCACUUCAGCUGCUUGUAUGUACAGGCGGAAGUGAAAUUGCAGCAGUGGACCAGCGGCAGCAGCGUUGAUGCGACCAUGAGGUCAGAGGCCUUGUUACUCUACUUCACGCUACUGCAAAUAGCCGGGGCAGGCUUCCCUGAAGACAGCCAGCCUAUUAGCAUCUCGCACGGAAACUACACAAAGCAGUAUCCAGCAUUUGUGGGCCACAAACCCGGCAGGAACAACACACAACGGCACAAACUGGACAUCCAGCUCAUCAUGAUCAUGAACAAGACUUUAUACAUCGCUGCCAGGGAUCACAUAUACACAGUGGACACCGACGCCACCAACAGUGAGGAGAUCUUUUUCAGCAAGAAAAUGACAUGGAAGUCCAGGCAGGCGGACGUGGACACUUGUCGAAUGAAAGGAAAACACAAGGACGAGUGCCACAAUUUCAUCAAAGUCCUCCUGCAGCAGAACGACGACACCUUGUUUGUUUGUGGCACAAAUGCGUUCAACCCCUCAUGCCGAACCUACAAGAUGGACACGCUGGAGGCCCUGGGAGAGGAGAUCAGUGGGAUGGCCCGUUGCCCGUAUGACGCCAAGCAUGCCAACGUUGCCCUCUUCGCUGAUGGCAAAUUGUACUCAGCGACGGUAACAGACUUCCUCGCGAUCGAUGCAGUCAUCUAUCGUAGCCUCGGAGACAGCCCGACUCUGCGCACCGUCAAACACGACUCUAAAUGGCUGAAAGAGCCCUAUUUUGUCCAGGCAGUUAAUUACGGAGACUUCAUCUACUUCUUCUUCCGGGAGAUUGCGAUGGAGUACAACACAAUGGGAAAGGUGGUGUUCCCUCGAGUGGCCAGGGUCUGCAAGAACGACCGCGGCGGCUCCCCUCGAGUCCUGGAGAAGCAGUGGACGUCAUUCCUCAAGUCCCGGCUCAACUGCUCCAUCCCCGGCGACUCCCACUUCUACUUCAACAUCCUGCAGGCGGUGACAGAUGUCAUCCACAUCAACGGGAGGGACGUCGUCAUGGCAACUUUCUCCACGCCAUACAACAGUAUCCCUGGCUCAGCGGUGUGCGCUUACGACAUGGCCGAGGUGGCCAACACAUUUACCGGCCGUUUCAAAGAGCAGAAAUCGCCAGACUCUACUUGGACACCUUUUCCCGAAGACAAGGUUCCGAAGCCAAGGCCUGGAAACUGUGCGGGGACUUGGUCCAUGGAGAGGUACAAGGUGUCCAACGAGUUUCCCGAUGACACGCUGAACUUUAUCAAGAUGCAUCCUUUGAUGGACGAGGCUGUGCCCUCCAUCGCUAACCGGCCCUGGUUCUUGAAGACCAUGGUUCGGUAUCGGCUGACCCGAAUUGCGGUGGACAAUGAGGCCGGUCCACACAAGAACCACACCGUGGUCUUCCUGGGAUCAGAGAAGGGAAUAAUCCUGAAGUUCCUCGCCAAGAUGAACAAAGGCUUCCUCAAUGAUAGCCUGUUUCUGGAGGAGCUCAACGUCUACAACCCCGACAAGUGCAGUAUAGAUGGUGUGGAUGACAAGCGCAUCGUCGGCAUGCAAAUCGACAGCAAGAGUCACGCUCUGUGGGUCGCUUUCACCUCCUGUGUGGUUAAAGUGCCACUGUCUCGCUGUGAACGUCACGGAAGAUGCAAGAAGUCCUGUAUUGCCUCCCGGGACCCUUACUGUGGUUGGGUGUCAGACGGAGCCUGCAGACAAGUGGUGGGCAACAUCAAAUCAGCCUUUGAGCAGGACGUGGAGCAUGGCAACACAGAUGGCCUGGGAGACUGCCAAAAUUCCUUUGUGGCUCUGAACGGCCAUCACCAUCAUCAUCACCACACGCUCUCACUGCCCACCUCAGCUCUUCCUGAGGUUGAGGGCCCCCUGGGUCGGGGCCGCAUGGUGGAGCAAAAGGACACGCCUAUGAUCUCAGACAAAGGGGAGGACCCUUUCAUGGCCGUGCCCUCUCAGACUCUGCCUGAAGCCAAUGAUCUACUUUGCAAACCGCAGUGGAAGAAGUGGUGGCGUCACAGAUCUAAAAGGCUUCUCCAGUCGGGAGGACAUGUGUUUGUCUUUGGGUUGUGAGCCGAAAAUAGAAUCACGUUGUUUAAAAUGCCGGGUCUGGUGAUGAUGUUUGGUGGGAUGAAGUUUGCCUGUGUUCUGAAGAGUCUGAGUGAAACCUGGAGGAAAUGAACCGGUGGAAAGUCUAGCGUUGCUUGAAUUGUGCUGUUGUGUCUUCUCAUUGAGGUCUUUCAUAUAAACAGUCCCCGGGAUCAUUUCCUGCUGUGACGCACUUCCCGGACUGACGUUCUAAUUUCCUCCACUGAUUUCCUCAUUGUUCUGUGCCUGGAUUCGUGUCCAAGUAUAUCACAGUGUUUAGUUUAGAACUUUUGCAUUUCAUUGUUCUUGACACGCCAUCCCAGGUUUAUAUAAUGCUUUUUAAAUGAGCAUCUAUUGUACAUUCAUUUUAACUUCCCAUUAGCCACAGCUGGCGUUAAAGCCCUCAGUUAUGGUCCCUUACUUAUAUUGCUGACAUCUACUGGCCUCAUGUUGUUUUUUUUUAUGAUAAUGCUCUAAUUUCUUAAGCUCCACUUUUGAUUCCAAAUAUAAAUGACUAUCUCUCUGUGACUAUAAAUUUCCUGGGAGGUCACAUGUUUCCAUUCUACUUGUCCCUAUACUUCAUUUAAAUUUCUUUGUAGUGCUAAAAAUAUAAUAACAAUGGAAUUAAGUUUGCUAUUCCAUAUCUGCGUCCAUUUUUAAUAGAACAAUAUAUAAUUUUUCUCAUUCUUUUAUGUCAUUUAAAUUUUAUUGACCUUUUAUUUGCUACCAUAUCUAAAUAUACAACAUAAAACAUAUAAUUGUAUAUAAUAUACAACAAGUUUACUUAUAAAAAGCCCAUUAUUUCCCGUCGAGAUCGUCGCCUCCUCAGUGAUACAAACCUUCCCAGACAGUCCCGCAGCUUGUUUAUUCCCAACCUUUUUUCCACUCUCAGGACAGCCAUCAUUCUUUUUGUUGGUGGCCGAGGGUCUUUUCAAACAUGAGGUCCUUGUCAGGUACAAGCUCUUAGUGAAGUCAUCAGUAUUCCAGCCUUUGUUUGUCCAUCUGAUGCACGGUGGUUUGGUCUCCAGGUAGACACGACAUUCAGCUUUAUUCAGCUUUAAAACAUCAGUACACAGAGGAGAAACAAUCGUUCACUCCCAUGAGACAAGCAGAAAUGUACCAGUUUCUAAUUUACAUUUCCAGCACGAAUAAAUUUCAAGUAAAGCAUUCGACUCAUUCUUCUUAGCAUGCAGUGCAUCAAUACCUGAUAAACUCUCCUCUGGCUUCCUGGACAUACUGUAUUCACCACUGCCAGAAACAAUUCCCUUCCAUGCUUCCAUGUAUAUAUGUUAAUAUAGCAUUCCUGAUCUUCACCCCACAUUAAUAAUUUGAUAUUUAUAUAUGAUAUUUAUUAUUCAUGUUUUACUUCACAUUAUCACACUUGUGAUUUGCCGCCCCUGGACAGCUCAUGUACCACUUUGAUGAUGUGUUGUGGAACGUGGGUGUCAGUUGAAGACGAUGCUGGAUCGACACCUAGCUUGCAUCACGUCUUUUCAAAUUUCUAACCAUUUAUAAAAUAAAAUCAUUUUUUUUAUCAAGAUCAGAAAUUGCUCGUCUACCUUUUCUUAGCCAGCAAGUCCAGUAAAUUCCCUGUAUGUCUGUCUUUACUUACAUCCUCAGCCAGAGAUAGGAAUAGUGAAAUGUGUUAUUUUACUCAGACCCACUGUGAAUCUUCCAUCUAAAUGCCCUGGGUAAAUGGAUCUGUCCCUUUUACUGAAAUUGUUUUGGGGUGUAUCCCGGCUACAUGGGGAUGGAGACGUCCUCGCACCAAUGUUGCUGUGUAGAAAUGUAAAUGAACACAAACUGUAAUUAUUGAAGUAAUAGAAACACUCUUUGGUUCUUAAUUCAACGUGUGAGAACAGCUGCGGCGCUUUUUAUACAACAACAACAGCCAUUAGCGGCAAUAGCUUACCAACCCCCCGGCUGACUGUGGAUGUCCUCAGCGCCGCGUAAUUGCGGACGAUUACCUCCGAGUCUUCAAAAGUAGGUUUGACGCUCGUAGGUGGAUGGUCCGCGCAUCUGUGAUAAUACCUGGAGGUGCAAAACUAAAUAACUGAGGGCUUAAUUGUACCUUAACUGUGGCAUGGCUUCGCAGCACAACGCUUUGAUGAAGGAUUUCAUUUUCUAUCGCGCCUCUUUAAGAGAAACAUAAACAAGCUGUAAUGGGCUGAUAACCUGAAUGGCUCUUUAACAGCUCUUCCAUGGGUCUUGAUAGGAAUCGCUGUGUUCUUUUGGAAAGAGAUGACAAUGGUCUUUGGCAGAAAAUGGGGACUUUAAAAGUCAAUGACUGUUCUCCAGGAAUUCUUCACUUGCUGUGGUGAGUGUUUCAACUGGUGGUGUCAGCAGCUGAGCCUGACUAAGAUGGUUAUCUUUGUCUCUCCCCGUGUCGUGUGAAACAGUAGCAAGUCAGAGGUCGGCGCCCCCCCAUGAUAUUCUCCUGUGAUGUCCAAUGAGCUUUGAAGAUUUCACACAAACAUCAUCACAAAGAGGAGCUCCGUGGGCUGCAAGUCGGCCGGUACUUCAGUUGAGAUUAGAAGAACGCGUGUGUGUGUGUGUGUCAGCCAGACAGAGGGAGAGAUUAUCCGCAAGUUGCAGUCACACAGAUUACAGUGUUUCUGAUUUACAACUAAGUGUUGCAGAUCCAGGCUGUUUUGACAGCGAGAAAUAUCUGAGAUAUGUGUUUAAUAUCUGACUGCGGAGGUCUAGAGGCGGUGUGAAAUUCAAAUCAAUUCAAGUGCUCGGCGAAGUGUCGGACCGCGAGAUGCCUUACGCAGUGUUCUGUGGGCGACUUGCAAUCAGAUUAGAAGUCGCUGUUCAGUCGACGCCCGCGACGUGACACCACUCCAGCAGGAAAAUGUUUUCAGAAUGGCUGAUAUUUUUCAAGGUCACGGUUAGGAAGUUUUGAAAAGUUGGCGGAGAGCAGGAGACACCUUCAUUCAGUCCUCACCGUGCGCAUGUCCUCCUUCGCUGUCAUUCCGUUUGAAGUUAGGACAAGAAUGGGCUCUUCAAAUGAAAGAUGGAGGUCUUCAAGGUUUACAUUCAUCUAGUUCUUUCUUGUAGCACUCUGGGCCUGAGGCUAAGUGGCCCACGGAGAAUGAAUGAUGGAAUGAGAGGAGAAAUGGAAGCCUCUGAAAGGGUCCCUUUUUUUCCAAAGGCCCAGACAGGAAGAGCUGAGCAGGCCAGGUUAAAUAGUGGUUAACCUUUGCCACAGAGGACAAGACAAAGCUCUGUCCCAUCGCCUCAAAAAAAUGGUAAAUCAAUUUGGCCAGACUGGACUUGCUGCCUGUUGGCAUCUCACUUCAGGAUGAAAAGAGCACAGCAAAGAAAGAGGCACUAUCUGCGGUGUUAAAUGUAAAAACUGCUGAGGCAGCAAAGACAAUGAUAAAGGCAGGAACCUCAGCAUUUGGAGUAUGUCACGGAUGCCAAACAAAUAUACUUUAUCAUGAAGUGUAGUCCUUAAAAAACAAAGAUAAAAAAAAUAAUUAUUAUGAAAUUAUUAAGGUAAAUGUAGAAUAUGUCUGACGACCUGUCUGAAGUUUCAUUUCCAAAUGUUCAGAGCUUCUUCCACUGCUGCCACAUCUGUCAUAGCAUGAUAACUCGCAAAGGUCACCAUCACAGUCCAGUGCAGGCGAGAAGCUGCGAGUGGAAAAAAGAUCUGAGUGAGGACAGAAGAACGCCGACAAAGAUAUCAGGGAGGAAAAGUAUCUUUUCUCCUCUCAGAUGUUCUUGUCCCAGACAUGUUGCAGAUGUUUCAGGUUAUGUGGACUCACAAGUUCACUGGAUAACAGAUGUCAACCUUUGCUAAUUCACUGCGGAUCGCUCCCCUCAUAUCUAGUCUGCCGGACGGCUGCUUGAUAAGAAACCCUGCAGUCCCGAAGAGACAUUUGGAAACCUCUUUGUUUAAUGAUUCGGAGGUGCACUUUGUCGGCACCUUAUAAAGAAGAAAAAGUGAAGUUUUGUUUUCACAGAGAAGAGAUAUGAGCUCCGACGUCUUUGGCCCCGCUGCACGGAAUUCCAGGUUUUAACAAUGUCAUGUAUUUUGGAGGAAUGAUGUACGACGGCAGCGAGCAGGGAUUAUGACUGUUAGCAGAAGGCGGUCUGGAUUUGGCCUGUAUGAGAAACAGAUUAUCACAGUGUUUCAGAGUCUGUGUUAUGUCUUCCUGAGGAGUCACAGAAGAUGAUCUCCCAGUGCUCUGUGACACAACUGAGCCGAAAAAGGCAAAAACACUGGGGUAGAAAAAUGUGGCUUCACUUCCCUCAGCAGCUGCUGCAAUGAAAUUAGAAUGAGGCUGACUGAUGAUCAACAAAACUUCGCAGAGAUUAGUGUGCUAUUGGAUAUUAUAUAGAUUCAUUCAGUUAGUCUAGCAAGGGUAGUUGCAGAAUAUGUUCACAUUCUUUGGAAGUUAAUGGCCAGAUGUUUGCGUAAGGGUUCAAGAGUAACAUGAAGUUAACUGGAUAUGGUCACAUCUUGGCCCCAUACAUUCAAAUGUGUGUCCGAUGAGGAGCCGUGUCCGUGUCUUGUGAUCUUUGGACUGGCAAAUGAGAUUAUUAUUGGUUAACUGUGUUAGUGCUGAAGAAGUCCCUCGAGUUUCUCAUCAAAAUGAUGUUCUUGUUAUUAUUUCUCCAAGUGAUGGCAACUGGGUAGCACUUAUUUUUGGCUGGCUCUUUUUCUGUCGUAUGAGGAAGACUGUGAAAGUUUAGAUGCCGAGUUCAACAUUUACUGCAUGGAUGGGUGAAAGUUGGUUUGCACUAACUGAACAAGGAAUGCUUGGUCAUAAUUUAGAGGAGAACCGUAUUAAUAUGUAUGUAUUGCAGCCUGCACGGCUGCUAUGAAACAACAUCCUAGCACUUCUGUCACCCUCAAUCACACAGUCCAAGUCGCUGCCUGAGCUUUUUUUUUAGAGUCUCUAACUGGCUCCUUUAAGAGGGAUGAGAUUCCAGAGACUUUUCCAGUGCUCUAGUUAUUGGUACGCCUAACUUUGAAGCAACCACGCGUAUUUUUAUCUUCCGUGGGCCAUUUAUAAUGACCUGACAGGCCGGAGGUUGGACCACUGACCAUGAAUUUGCUACAUCUACCCAAAAAGCCAGCCAUGCUUGAAGUGAGUCAAAGAUGUGGAAUGAAAGGAAAUAUAUUCUCAAUUUAAGGUUGCUGAGAAUCUAAUUUUGUGGAGUGGCACUUCGUCUUCAAAUCUAAAACAGAUCGCUUUGAUAGCUUGGGUUGCAAAACCUGAGGAUGGUGGGUAGGUCGCUGGAUCACUGCCUUUUUUCUUUCGUCAAUUUUCCACUAAAAAAGGCUUCAAACAAGGUCUUCAUUCCAUGUUAGCAGAAUUGAAAUCCAGUGUGAGAUAAAUGCAGGCAUGAACGACUGUCUAUCUGUAACUCAACACCAGCAGAGAGGAAUUUGUCACUGAUACAGUCCACCUGGCGGAUCCUUCGUCGGUGUGAGGUGAUCUGUGUUGACGGUGUUGUCGUUGGAAUGUGUGCGUGCCAAUGUGUGAAACAUCAACAGGCUGAUGUUAUCACUUGUGCGUUGAAAUUACUUUGCACAACUUGCAGAUACUUUUUAGCCGUUGCUGAAUUGUGUUUUAUUCCGAAUGUGCAUCUUUGUUGCUGCCUUCAUAAGACACCGGCGCCGCGGCUCAUUGGGUUUUUCACCUUAUCAGAGGCUUUUCAUUGUGUGUUGUUGGAUUCAUGAGGCUGAAUCCUCACAGUUUUAUGAACAGUCUCACAUUUGCAUGAGAAAACGGGAUGUUUCAGUCUUUUAUCUCCAUUCAGAUCUUUUCUUGCUCCUACAGCUUUUAUCUUUUGUUUAAAUUGUGAAUCUCUGUGCCGCCUCCAAAACACAGUGUGAGAGGAAGAUUGGAUUUUCUGCAAAAACUAAAGGUUGCUACAUCAGUCAAGCUGAAGUUAUUCUCAUAGUGUGUAGACAAGUACUGUUCUAUAGUCAUGCUCACCACGACAACGUGAAAUGUUAUGUUAUGUUGAAGAAUUUAAUGCGAAAAACUUCACAGAGUCUUGUUGAGAAUAUGCUUUGAUACCUUUCCUCUCUUGCCGGGUUCAAUAUUGUC